UCACCGUUCGCCGUCUGAUGACAUUGAGUUUUGAAUCUAUCCGCGUCUCGACGGUUCUUGGAUUUUGCCACAAUGGACGUUAGUACCGCUUCAUUAUAUGAAAAAAUAAAACAUAAACUCAGCUCAAAUGCCCUCGAUUACAGGAAUUCGCUUAGUCGGGUUAUAGACAAGGUGCGUGUUCCAUACUCUAAGACGCAAAAUCAAGACGACGCGAUCGAUGUGGAUCUCAGAAGCAUUCCAAGUAAAGCCCUGGUACACUACAUGUCGCUGUCGAAAAAGCACAUUGAGGAGAAGGAGCCCGAGAGCAUGUUUGAUUCAAGAGAUGACCUAUUACAGUCACACAAUUCCUCCAGUGAUUCACAGGCCCAACAGCUAGACAAAAUGCAACAGGAUGGCGGAGGUGAUGAGAGUCAUGUUUCUUCCCAGAUGCUCUCCGAAGAGGGAUUGUCAAAUGUUUGUUCCCCGGAGAGCUUGCUUGAAGACAGCAGGAGAAAUUUCUCUCAGAUCGAUGUCUUGCCCGAGGAUGAAGACGAGGAGCUGGAAAUGAACCUGAGAAGUCAAGGGACCACUUUGUCUGAGCUCUAUCCUAGCAUGAUUAAUCAAAUUGGGCGCUUUCAGCACUGGCUGCACGUCUCCAGGAUGACAGACUCUGUGGCCAGGAAGUACCGCAAGUGCCGGCAAAUGUCCAGGAGAGGCAAUCGCAUCAUUAAUGUGACCAGGAACCACAGACGAACCAUGAGCAGUAAAGCUAAAAUGAGGAAGCAGACCAUUCCAGUGCUGAGCUUACCUUGGAUACCGGAAUCUCCAAAACCUAAAUGGAUCGAACUAAAUAGUACCUUUACGGCAGAAAUAAAGCCAUCCUUUUUUGCCCUUAGUCCUUCGCAGGCUUCCAGUGCUUCCUUGGAGACUUUGUCAGACCCUUCCUCAAAGCAGCCAUCAGUGUGCAACCUUGCUCGUUCACAGUCUCCUCUUUCCUCCUCUGAGUCAUUCUUUGACAUGAUGCAAAGAUCCAGAGGACUUAUGGGAGAACUGCUAUCCUGGACCUUCCUCAGUCCUUCGCAGUCUCCUCCAAUGUCUUCUGAUGCCUCUUCAGGAGAUUUUUUGGAUUUGCCGCCAAGCUCUAGAGAUACUGGUCUUUCAGCUGCCAGAGAUAAGCAAGCCUCCUGUGUCUUGAGGCCUUUGCAAUCUUCUGAUCCCGCUUCAGGGGCAUCAAUGAACCUGCCUUCAAGAUCCAAAAGGCAUUCUCUCUCUGCUGCUACAGAGCAGCCAUUCUUGUGGACGCCCAGUCCUUCGUGUUCUUCCAGUGCCUCCUCAGAUCAGUCCCUGAUGUCCAAGAGGCUUUUUAGUACUGCUGAUGUCGAACACGUGUCCUCUGGGAUCCUCAGUCCUUCACAGGCGGACCAGCCCCAAAAGUCCAAACUGCUGUUUAAUGCUACUGUUGAAGACCAGCCGUCCACAAGGAACCUCAGCCAGCCUUCCAGUCCAUCCUUGGACCAUUACCUAAGGUCCAAAAGGCUUGCUCUCUCUGCUGUCAGAAAGCAACAGCAACCAUUCUCUUGGGACCAUAGUCCUUCACAAGUUUCUGGAAGCCCCUCAGGACUAUCCCUGAGGGCCAAAAGGCUGCUUAACGCUGCUGCCGAAGAACAGUCGUCCACAUGUGAACUUAGUCCUUCGCGACCUUCGAGUCUUUUCAUGGACCAUUCCCCAAGGUCCAAAAGGAUUGCUCUCUCUGCUGCCAUCGAGCAACAGCAACCAUCCUUGUCGGUCCUCAGUCCUUCACGCGAUACCGGUACCACAUCAGACCUGUCCCUGAGGUACAAAAGGCUGUUAAACACUGCUGCUAAAGAACAGGCAUCUGUGUGCAGGCUCAGUCCUUUACGGUCCACCUGUCCCUCAAACUUGUCUCAGAGUUCCAAAAAGCUUUUUCCCUCUGCUGACGUUGCUUGGGAAGACACAAGAUUUGAAGAGCGACCUGAUGUUUGCGGUUCCCCGGUGAUACAAAGUCCCUCAAAAAUGGGAAUGGCGAAUUGGGAAGGCCUCAGAAGAUCACCUUUUACCCAAAACCCCAACUCUGGUCACUUUAGGUCUGCAGCUUCCCCUCUACAAAAGUUGCUUACUCCCCAGAAGCUCAAAUCCAAGUCCUGCGUGCGCUGCCCUCCAAAGGCCCAUAGUAAGCUCUGGCGACCUCUUUCCUCUAACUCCUCCCUUGCAUCAGACAGCAAUACUCACUCAUAUAAGGACCUGGAUGACGAAUUCAAUAAGUACUAUAACAAGUUUGUUUGUCAAAGCAAACUCUUCAAUGGGCAUCGCUGCCGAAUGUGCGCAUGGAACGGAGAGGGCUGUCUGCAGCAUUCCCGAAGUUUGGUGGCUUUAGCAUUGUCUCCCCAUAGCUUUGGGCUGAGGAAGCGACAUCAGGAAAUAAAUUUGGAAAACCCAGGUUGCUCCAAGCACUGGGGCGCCUACUCCCCAGGGUCUAAGCGCCACAGAAACGAGGGGCUGAGACGCCGCCUACAAAUGACCGAUGCUCAGGACCCUCGGGGUGAAGUUUACAAUCAUCGGAGAUAUCAAUGGAUCAGUGAUCAUCCACUGUUGGAAGAUGCCACUCAGACCCUCCAGAGGAAACCCUAUCAGAUAUGAACUGAAAGUGGUGACUGCCUUCUACUAGAUCUACCAAGGGUGCUGACCAAAUUGUCGAUUACGUGCAUUUGCCUCAAGCUGUUGUAAAAGUCCUUCAUUGUCUUGUCAAUUUUACAUUCAAAUAUUUUAUUCAUGUUCACUGUAAUUGCAUUUGUGCAUACUUUGUAUUAUUAGUAAUUGGUUGGUUUAAAUAAAAACAUUCUGCGCUUUAGGUUGAAUUCAGUCAGUGUUUAUUAUACCCUCACCCCUCACGUAUUGUAUAUGUAACAGAACAGCGUGAUAUUAAUGCAACAUAUUCAGGAAUACCAGGAUGCUGUAGACAGUUACUCAUUUUAGUUCAAAACUCAUGUUCAAACAUGAAGGAAAAUCUUUGGUCACUGAUUUGUGCAUUAAAAAUUUUUUUUUUUUUUUUUU